AUGAAAAAACUGGGUACUGUCUAUCUCUGUAAUUCCGUAACAUUUGGACAAGCCGAUCAGUUAUCAAUGAAAACAUUUGGUAAGAACCCAUUAAUAACAUCGUCGGCGGUUCCAUCAACUGAAUUAGAUAAUAUUUCCGCAGCUGAAGGUGCAUAUAGUUAUGUUUCACAAGAAUGUACAAUUAACGUUGCUAAAACUAUAUUUCAAUCAUCAUCGUCAGUUGCUAAAUCAAUUACAUGUGAAAACACAAAAUCAAGAGCAAUUGCAUGUAACGUUCUUGGACCAUUUUUUACCAGUACAUUGAUCGAUGAAUUAUCAGAAUCACGUUUUUAUUCAUUAUCAUUCGAUGCAUCAAAUAAAGGAAAUUGUAAAACAUAUCCAUUUGCAGUUCAGUUCUUUUCCAAUAUAGGUGUUAAAAGAGGUAUGGUUGAAUUUAUAGAAGAUUCGCAUGAAACAGCAGCAGAUAUCUAUUCGGUGUACUAUUCGAUUCGAAUAGUACGCUUCUUUGUUUCUGAACGUUAUAAGGAAACAAUCAUCGUGGACUUUUAUUUAAACCUCGUAGGCUAG